AAGUCACCAAAGUUAUUACUUUUUUCUCCCUUUCUUUGUCAUCCAUCUUCUCACAUUCACUUCCAAGGAGUUACUUCUCUCCCAGAAAGCUUUUGUAUUUUGAUCUGCAAAAACUCUGCCACUCAGCUACCUGCAAGUAUCAUGGAGAGACUCUAUCUUUGAUCUAUUUGCAAAAAUUAAAGUCAGUCAAUCCACAUACAUAUUUUGGUUUUAUUAGCAUUUUCAUUUAGUUUUGCAUAUCAAGAGGAAAACCAAACAAGUAAAAUAUAAUUCAGAUUAGAUGCUAGGGGAAUAAGAUAUGGAAUGUAGUCUGGCUCAACAAAUGAAUUUGUGGUAUUAUAAAGAAAUUUCUGAGAAAUAUUUUGUGCUCAAAAUUUGCAGAUGGGCUGUCAUAGUAGAUAUGUAUAAACCUUGAAAUUUAGCAAUCUCCAGCCAAAAUAACCUCAAAGACUGGAUUUAGACAACACUACUAUUAAUGUUGAUGUAAGAAAUAUUCAUCAGCUGGCCAAAAGAAAAGGAACAGCUAUUUUAAUAAAAAUUACAUCAUAACAAGUACAUGUUUUUAUAUAUCUGUAAGAUUUUUAUAUUCUUUACAAAAUAUAGACAAAAGUGAAUAAAAUAUUUAAACAAAAUGCAACUCAUUUUCAUUAAACUUUAUGAUAAAGUCAUGGUUUCAGAAGUUGAGGAAGAAGUUAAAGGAGUUUUUCCACUGAUAAUUAGAAAGGUUUCAAGGGCUGCUGGAGUUCUCCCUGCAAAAGUCAUGAGCUAAGGGAAGCUAUCUUCAAGUUCUCUCUAAUUCUAGGCACUUUGCUUAAUCUGCUCUGUACCUGCCUAGCAUCUGCUACUUUGGUAACCAACUAUGUCAUCAUACCCUUGACUUUAUCCUACUUUUUAUCCUGCCUUUAAAUGUACUUUUUAGAGUCAUGAAUGAUCAUUCCAAGUUGGAAGAUAUCUUAGAUCUACUUCAAUCACGGAUCUCCUUCAAGCAAUCUCUAUACAACACAGUUGUCAAAUAGUUUCUGUCUGAAUUCUUGCCAAAUUGGGGGAAUACACAUGCCUAGGUCUUGCUUUCUGCUGAAUGAAGUGGUCCUGAUCUAGGUACAAAUGACCUUUCAAUGGUACUAAAAUCAUAAGGUCUGCUUCUCCAACAUCAAACAUCAUCCUUCUAUUGUUUAUAUCAUGGACCUCCCCUCUUGUCAAUAUAUCCUGAUCCUGUUAUUUUAAUGCAGAGAGAAAAUAAUUCGCCCUUUCCUCUCCAGUGUCCCAUGAUAUAUUUUAGAAAUUCAGAAAGGUACUUCUAAUAGAUUAAAUGAAUACCCCCUACGCACCUCCCCUUAGAUAGGUCUUACAUCCCGACUGCUUUCUCAGCCACGUUGUAAAUGUGUGCCUCUAUCCCUGAGUGUGGCUUAGGUGAAUAUUGGCCAGCCAACACAUGGCCCUUAGUGUGUCAUUGCUUAUAUAACUCAUUUGUAAAGAUAGGUCAGUGAAGGAUUGGUCUCCACCAUCCAUUUCCCCCUCUUUAGUGGCUAUAGAAACAUGGAUCCCAAUGAAUAGUUGCUUUGGCCCUGGCAAGAGCAUUUCUUUUUCUUAUAAGGACACUAUGAGCACGAGCAGGAGGGAGUGGAAGGAGGUCAGACGUCUGUUCCCUGUUACAGGUCCUUAAUCUGUAAAACCACAAACUGCUGAUCACAUCAGGUCAUCCACUCCUAGUCCUUCGCCCUCCUGCCGUCUUCCACGUUCUGUGGCAGGCUAGGUUGUCUCUGCCCUUCUACUCCCUCAAAGCGCCUCCUCGCACCAAGUUCCCUUUACACUGUGUCCCCAUCACACAUGCCCAGACUCUUUCCCUAACAUUGCUCCAACAUUCUGCCUUAGAUUCUCAGCUAGCUGUACACGCCCAGUGUGUGUCUCGCUGUAACAGAAACACACACUCACAAGCCCGCGGAUAUGUGCACGCUCGUCCUGGACCCGCUUUUCUCUCGCUCCAAUACGCACACACAAACUGUUUCACAGCGUUGAAUGGAAAGGGGCGGGGGGGGGGGGGGCGGAAUCUUCAAGGACUCCUGAGCUCAAUGUCACGCGCGGAAGGAGUCCGGAGAAAGUGUUGAGAGGAGGAAGGGAGGGAGCAAAAGAAAAAAAAAGAAGGCUCUUUUCUGCCAGCAGAGGGCAGUGGAAGGGAAGGCAGCGCCAAGCGAGCGAGGCAGCCCAAGCAGCAGCCCCAGUGAGGCAGGCGGGAGAGAGGCAAGAGCUAGGGCUCUCUGAUCGGUUCGCUCCAUCAGAAGCCCGAGCAGCAGGACAAACGCCGCGGCGGCGGCGGCGGCGGCGGCGAGAGGCAGACGGGGAGCCCUAGCGAGCAGGGGCAGCGAGCCUUGACUCCCUUCUGACUUCACUUCUUCUGUCUUCCCCUUCGGCGAGUCUGGAGCUCUGCUCCCCCACCUACCACGACCUCCAAGCAUGGACGGCGCUGGGAAGCCCAACUCCUCGUCCGGCAGCCGGGACGACGGCAAUAGCGUCUUUCCCGUGAAACCCCCCUCUUCGGUCGGUGGAGCCGCUGGGGCCGUGGCAGAGAAGAACCUGGGCAGCCCCCCAGGGGGCGGCGGCGGAGGCAGCACCAAGGAGCAUGGCAACUCCGUGUGCUUCAAGGUGGACGGGGGCAGCGGCGGCAGCACGGGCGCCGGCGGCGGCGAGGAGCCGGUGGUGGGCUUUGAGGAUGCCGAGGGACCCCGGCGGCAGUACGGCUUCAUGCAAAGGCAAUUCACCUCCAUGCUGCAGCCAGGCGUCAACAAAUUCUCCCUCCGCAUGUUCGGCAGUCAGAAGGCGGUGGAGAAGGAGCAGGAAAGGGUUAAAACUGCAGGUUUCUGGAUUAUCCACCCUUAUAGUGAUUUCAGGUUUUACUGGGAUUUAAUAAUGCUUAUAAUGAUGGUUGGAAAUCUUGUCAUCAUACCAGUUGGCAUCACAUUCUUUACAGAGCAAACAACAACUCCAUGGAUUAUUUUCAAUGUGGCAUCAGACACUGUUUUCCUGUUGGACUUGAUAAUGAAUUUUAGGACUGGGACUGUCAAUGAAGACAGUUCUGAAAUCAUCCUAGAUCCUAAAAUUAUCAAGAUGAAUUAUUUAAAAAGCUGGUUUGUUGUUGACUUCAUCUCAUCGAUACCAGUGGAUUAUAUCUUUCUCAUCGUAGAAAAAGGAAUGGACUCAGAAGUUUACAAGACAGCCAGAGCCCUUCGAAUUGUGAGAUUUACCAAAAUUCUUAGUCUCUUACGUUUAUUACGCCUUUCAAGGUUAAUUAGAUAUAUACAUCAAUGGGAAGAGAUUUUCCAUAUGACGUAUGAUCUAGCCAGUGCAGUGGUGAGAAUAUUUAACCUCAUUGGAAUGAUGCUUCUCCUUUGCCAUUGGGAUGGCUGUCUUCAGUUCUUAGUACCAUUACUACAAGACUUUCCAUCAGAUUGCUGGGUGUCCUUAAAUAAGAUGGUCAAUGACUCCUGGGGAAAGCAAUACUCAUAUGCACUCUUCAAAGCUAUGAGUCACAUGCUAUGCAUUGGUUAUGGAGCCCAAGCUCCAGUCAGCAUGUCAGAUCUCUGGAUCACCAUGUUGAGUAUGAUUGUAGGGGCCACCUGUUAUGCCAUGUUUGUCGGCCAUGCCACCGCAUUAAUCCAAUCUCUGGAUUCCUCAAGGAGACAAUAUCAAGAAAAGUACAAGCAAGUGGAACAAUACAUGUCAUUCCACAAGUUACCAGCUGACAUGCGCCAGAAGAUUCAUGACUACUAUGAACACAGGUAUCAGGGCAAAAUCUUCGAUGAGGAAAACAUCCUCAGUGAGCUUAAUGAUCCUCUGAGGGAGGAAAUAGUCAACUUCAACUGUAGGAAGUUGGUGGCCACAAUGCCACUUUUUGCUAAUGCUGAUCCCAAUUUUGUGACUGCCAUGCUGAGCAAACUAAGGUUUGAGGUAUUCCAGCCUGGAGAUUAUAUUAUUCGAGAAGGAGCUGUGGGGAAAAAAAUGUACUUCAUUCAACAUGGUGUUGCUGGUGUCAUCACUAAAUCCAGUAAAGAAAUGAAACUGACAGAUGGCUCUUACUUUGGAGAAAUUUGCCUUUUGACAAAAGGUCGACGCACGGCUAGUGUCAGAGCUGAUACUUACUGCCGCCUGUAUUCACUGUCUGUGGACAAUUUCAAUGAGGUGUUGGAGGAGUACCCCAUGAUGAGGAGAGCCUUCGAAACAGUAGCCAUUGACCGGCUAGAUCGGAUAGGCAAGAAGAACUCGAUUCUUCUGCAGAAGUUCCAGAAGGACCUGAACACUGGUGUUUUCAACAACCAGGAGAAUGAGAUCCUGAAACAGAUCGUGAAGCAUGACCGAGAAAUGGUGCAGGCCAUUGCCCCGAUGAAUUUUCCCCAAAUGCAAGCCCUGAAUUCCGGCACUUCGACCACUACUCCCGCCUCCCGAAUGAGGACGCAAUCGCCUCCGGUUUAUACGGCCACCAGCCUGUCUCAUAGCAACCUGCAUUCUCCGAGUCCCAGCACCCAGACCCCGCAACAAGCUGUCAUCCUCUCACCCUGCUCCUACACCACGGCGGUCUGCAGCCCCCCGGUACAGAGCCCCCUGGCAGCUCGAACUUUCCAAUAUGCCUCCCCAACCGCUUCCCAGCUGUCCCUGAUGCAGCAGCACCCACCCCCGGCGCAGCCACCCCAGCAGCCCCAGCCCCAGCAGCCCCAGCAGCCCCCUCAGCCUUUGCAGCAGCAGCAGCAGCCCCAGCAGCAGCAACAGCAGCAGCAGCAGCCCCAGCAGCCGCAGCCGCAACCGCAACAGCAGCAGCAGCCCCAGCAGCAGCCGCAGCAACAGCAGCAGCCCCAGACCCCCACUAUCUCCUCCCAGAAAAAUGAGGUGCACAGGAGUACCCAGGCUCUUCACAACACCAACCUGACCAGAGAGGUCAGACCCCUAUCGGCCUCUCAGCCUUCUCUGCCUCAUGAGAUCUCCACUCUGAUUUCCAGACCUCACCCCACAGUAGGGGAGUCUUUAGCUUCCAUCCCACAGCCCGUCUCUGCCGUCCAUGGCCCAGGCAUUCAGGCAGGGGCCAGGGGUAGCGUCUCCCAGAGAAUCACCCUCUUCCGCCAGAUGUCUUCAGGAGCUAUCCCUCCCAACCGAGGAGCUGUCCCAGCUCCCCCACCCACAGCAGCUACACCACAGAGAGAUUCCUCCACAGUCUUAAGUACAGACCAAGAAGGAGACAAACCACGAUUUGCUUCAAAUUUAUGAUCCCUGCUCAUUGUAAAAGCAGGAAAAAGUACUGUUAUAAACUGAGACUUUCCCCCAGAAACUAUUUUAAUCUAUGUCCUGAAUAGGUCCCUGUAGUCUACUUUGAAGAAAUAUUUUAGACAGCUGUACUCUACAUACAAAAUGUAAAUAUAUAUAUAUAUACACAUAUACAUAAUAUAUAUAUAUUUAAAGUUCCCCAAAGAAAUUUAAAAGACAUGUCUAGCAUUCAGUGUUAUGUCUUCCUUUCUUUAAAUCAUUAAAGGCGUCUAAAUUUUGUCUAAGAUUAUUUAUUUUUAAUCUUCAAUGACUCAAAAAUUCCUUUGAUAUAUAUAUAUGUAUAUAUAUACAUUUCUCUACUUUAUGAAGAAGUCCUAGAUCCAGUGAAAAAUCAAAUCCCCUUUACCUUCAUAGGUGAAAAGACAAUGUUAACUCCAGUAAGAACUUCACUUUUACAAAGGUAAUUCAAAUGAGCUAAUGAACAGCAACUAACAAAACUUUCUUUUUUAAAAACUUUCAUUCAUUGCACUUCCAUCUCCAAAUUGUGAGCCAUUACCUAAGAGUGUGUUCAUUUGCAGGUCCCGUUUUCUAGAUCAUUUGCAUUUUGGUGCUUUCCAUUAUGAAUUAGGUUGAAGAACACCAUCAGCUCAAACCACCUCCAGUAGAAGGACUGAUGCAAUCACUGCUCUGGAUAGUUCCAACCGCAAAACAUGGUUACUGAUCUUGUAUCUGAAAGCUGAGUGAACUUCUGUCUCCCGCCAUGCCAGACACUUAUGAAGAAAGACCUCAUACUCAAUUAAUGUCAGUUUUAAAUAACUUUUCUGACCCAAAAGAUAGCUAUCGUGUGGUAUGCCAUGGCAAAGUCAUUGUUUUGGAAUUUAGUGUCAUCUCUUCACUUGAAAAUGUAGUUUUAAAUUUUACCAAACCUAAGUAUGGCAACCAUUCAAAUGUAAUCCAAUAAUUUGAAACCUAUACUGUUACUUUUACUUACAAUGUUUUUAUGCGAAAUUAUAUGCUUGAUCCUGCAAAUUACUUGUAUUUUCACCCAAAUCAUCACUUUUCUUCUUCCUCCCCAUAAGCAAGUGUCUGAAAAUAUUCCCUGCAUGCUUUUUGAAAAAAAAAAUAGGUUCAAACAGUCAUUGUAGGGAAAAAGGCUUACAGUAUUUCUUGGCUUUCUGAAACUAAACCUCCAUAAAUUGUGUCUGCCUUUAAAUUUCUAUGAUACUGGUUUGGAAUCUCUAACUUAAGUCUAGAAGUGAGAUUUUAUUUUUAUUAUUAUUUAAAGGAUCAUUUGUAAACAUAGCUUGAUUUAGAAUUUCAAACACAUUCUAUGUCUUCACUGUAGCUGGUAGUUAACUGUGGUGUUAAUUUAAAAGAAAUAAAUAUAAUAUAGCAUCAA